GCUUCCGACAUCAAAACACUAACUCCGCUCCCAACUGCCCUGCCCUUUUGCUUUCUUCCAGAGAACGACCAUCAACCAGAUAAUUACGGUCUGGGAGUUUUAUUGAAUCGGUAACCGGAGAGAUUCAGAUUGCGCCAGAACACAUUACCAUGGAUCUGGACGCACCCAUGGCCAUGGCGCCGAUGGUGGCCACUGGCGGACCUGGCGCAACAAUUCUUUGCUGCAACUGUGGCGCCCCUAUCGACGGCACUGCCUCUGCCGGCGCUCUCUGCUACGACUGCCUCAAAUCCACCGUCGAUAUCUCACAAGGGAUACAACGAGAGGCGACCUUGCACUUCUGCCGCGAUUGCGACCGAUGGCUGAUGCCGCCUGCGACCUGGGUGACGGCCGCCCCCGAAUCACGAGAGUUGCUUUCUCUGUGUCUGAAGCGGCUACGGAAUCUGACGAAAGUUCGCAUCAUCGACGCCCGUUUCGUCUGGACAGAGCCUCACUCCCGCCGCAUUAAAGUCAAAGUUACCGUCCAGGACUCGGUCGCCGACGGUGUGCUGAUGCAGCAAAGCUUCGAGGUUGUCUACAUUGUCGCCCACCAGCAGUGCCGCGAAUGCGCAAAAUCGUACACCGCCAACGUCUGGCGCGCUGCCGUGCAGGUGCGGCAGAAGGUCACCCACAAGAGGACAUUCCUGCUCCUCGAACAGUUGAUCCUCAAGCACCAAGCCCACAGGGACACAAUAAACAUCAAGGAGGAGAAGGACGGUAUUGACUUCUACUUUGCCCAGCGGAACCAGGCGGAAGCAUUUAUCCACUUCCUCAAAUCGGUGGUGCCAGUCAAUAUCAAAGACUCUAGGCAUCUCAUCUCAGCAGAUACGCACACGGGGAACAAAUCAUACAAAUUCAACUACUCAGCCGAGAUCGUCCCAGUCUGCCGAGACGAUCUCGUAGCGUUGCCACUCAGGCUUGCGAAAGCACUGGGCAACAUCUCACCGCUCGUGCUGUGCUGGAGGAUAGGUACCUCCGUCAACCUUCUCGACCCGAACACACUGCAGACGGCUGAACUCAGCUCCGACAUUUACUGGCGGGCGCCUUUCCAGCCGCUCGCCGGCGCGACCGAAUUAGUCGAGUUCAUCGUCAUGGAUAUCGAGCCGACAGGCGUGCGCAAGGGGAAAUGGGUGCUCGGCGAGGCGACAGUGGCUCGGGCCUCCGACCUGGGCGUCAACGACAAUACCUACUUUGCCCGGACGCAUCUCGGCAACCUGCUUCAUGCCGGCGACUCAGUUAUGGGGUACAUGCUCACAGGGACAAACUUCAACUCGGAUGCGCUCGACGCCAUUGAGAACUCGCGGGCGUACGGGUCGACCAUCCCAGAUGUGGUACUGGUCAAGAAGCACUACCCGAACCGGCGCAAGAACAAGAGGCGCAACUGGAAGCUCAAGCGCAUGGCCAAGGAUGAAGGCGAGCUGCUGCCCAAGGCGGCCGACCAGGCGCGCAUGGAGGCCGAGUACGAGGCGUUCCUGCGGGAUGUCGAGGAGGACGAGGAGCUGCGGGCCGCUCUGGCACUGUACAAGAACACCAAGAAGAAGAAGUCGCAGCAGCAGGACGCGGAUGCCAUGAGCAUUGCCGAGACAGAGAUGACGGCCGAGGAUGACGGGCCCAAGAUCAGUAUGGACGAGCUGCUGGAUGACUUUGAUGAGUUAGAUAUCCAGGAUGACGAGCAUGCUUAAAAUGGGUUGUCACGGGGUUAUAAUUGAUUUUGUACUUAAAAUGCGAAGGGGCUACUAAAAGCUAGUCGGACUUCGGCAUCAACAAAAUUCACGGAUUUCCCCAUGUUGGGGCGGACACAAUCGCCAUCUUCAAUG